GCGAUGCCUUUCUGUGGAAGAUGUUAGUCAUGGCUUCUGGCUUUUGUGAGAAUUGCUGCCGUCAGCUGAAAAACAUCCUCGUUUAUUUGAGGAAGGUCUGCAGAGAGUUCGAGCAAAAACUGAGGGACGUUUUCAGGGAACUUUCUCAGUGCACCUGCUUCAGGAAUACCCCGGAGAGUCGUUUCCUGAGGAGGAAGACGCACGACUCGUCCUCUCUGCACCUGCUGUGUGAUGAUGAAAAUCAACUACUAAAUCAGGAAAGUCUGCGCACGCUGAGCAGACUUGCAUCCUCGGACAACGCCGAUCUACAAACUACUGCAGCCUUGUAUUACUUACACGUCAGUCAUCAUUUGAAGUCUCCUUUACCAGAUGCCUUCAUGGAGCCAGUCGUGGCCUUACUCUUAUCAACUGACCUCGAUGUGCAGAAGACUAUCACUCUCUCCUUGGUCAAUCUGUUAGCCAAGAAUAAGGUGUGCAAAGAGAUGGUGAUUGAAAUGGGGACGCUGGUGCCUUUACUGGAGCUGUUCCGAUCGUCUGACGCCGCCGCUCAGUGUCACGCGUGUGCCUGCGUCACCUUGCUGGCUUCCUCAGAACCACAAAGUGAAGCCGUCAUGGUGGACGGCAUCAUGCCGCUGUUGGCUUUGGCCAAGUCCUACGAGCCCCAGGAGCAACAGAAUGCCACCUGGGCUCUGCUACACCUCACGCAGUCAGACUGGUCCAGGAGGGUCUUGUGUGACGUGGGUGUCGUCCCGGUUCUGGUUCUCCUGCUGCAGUCCUCAGACUCACAGGUUCAGUUCUACAGCUGCGCCGCUCUGUGCAACAUCACUGCUGUCCGGGAGCACCACCCGAAGGUGAUGAGCAUCGGGGGACAUUUCUUAUUGAAGUCUCUUCUGACUCUUGUGUCGUCUUCUGUGGAAAAGAACUCAACUCAAGCGUGCAGAUGCCUACAAACUCUCUCAAAGAACGUGCUGAUCCAGGAGCAGCUGAUGGAGCUCGACUGUGUGUUGCCCCUAAAGGCGCUGCUGAAGAAGUCUUCUUCCGCGUGGAGAGAAUCGGCCGUGACGCUACUUUCCUCACUGUCGGCACACCCGUCAAACAAUGACGUCCUCGUGAGCAAGGGUCUGUUGGAUGACAUCGGUCAGCUGCUUCAUCAUCCAACAUCUGUCAUCAUCACACACGGCUGCAGGAUCAUCAGCGACCUGUGCGUCUCCAGCGCGGGUCAGCAGGCCGCGACGGAGAGCCCGUGUGUGCCGGGGCUCCUCGGCGCCCUGCUGUCUCCGUCGCUGUCGGGCGAGACCUCGCUGCGUGUGACGUCCUGCUUGCAUCAGCUCAUGACCUGCGAUGCACUUAAGUCUAAGUUGUCGGCGACAAUAACAUCGGAGCAGGUUUCAAGACUCGUGAAGAUGUCCGGACAAACACUAAACCCUCAACUGUCCCACGACAGUGCGUCCAUCAUCGGCUCGCUGGAGAUGACGGAGGACACGGUCCGGUUGCUCAGACCUCACUACGUCACCGUGUUGGACUUCCUGUUGGCGUUUCUCAAAAGCAAAGAUGUGGAGUGGCAGCAGCUCGCUGUGGUUACAGUAUCGAACCUCGAGAAAGAUGGAGGCUUCUCCUCCCUGUUGGCCGGCAGCGUGCUGGAGGCGGAGCUCCGGGAGGUGACUCGACGGAUGCUCCACGCGAUCGAGCCUCUUUCUCCGCCUUCUAUCCACCCGUGACCUUCCUCCACGUUUAUCACGAGGAUUAUCACACUCGUGCAUCAUUCUCUUUCCUGUCAAGUUUAUUUCAUUUAAAAUGUCGACAAAUUAAGUGGGAAACGAGGCAGAGAUAGUGUCAACUUUUAAUGAAAUAUGUCAUAUAUAGUUCAACUUUUUUAACAAGUGAUAGUUACAAGCAAUACUUAAACUAUAGGAUCAAAUAUUGAUGAUCCGAUACAUUUGUUUUUUUAUAUGCUUUUAUUAUAAUAAACUCUCUUAACCUCUA